GUGUCAGCUGUGGCAGGAGGCAGCAUGGCGGGUGCUUUGUUGAGGCUAACUUUGGGUCGGACUUUGCAGUCAGUGCUACGUUUUCGACCUCCAGACAUUGGGUGUUCGCGGUUUGGAGCCCAUCGGUAUAUUGGGUCAGGGAGGCUGUUUAGCAACACUUCCUCGAGUCGGAAAAUUAACCGGGCGUUAGCUUGCGCCUUUCUUCUCGGCGGUGGCGUUGGGAUUUACCAGGCUGUUCAAGUCACCUUCCAGCAGCACCGCGCCGAGGCGGAACCACCUCAGCCCGUUCCGUCUGGAAGUGGAGAGCUGCAGUUGAUCCUGUACCAGUAUCAGACAUGCCCAUUUUGCAGCAAAGUACGAGCCUUCCUGGACUACCAUGGCAUGACCUACAACAUUGUGGAAGUGAACCCAGUCCUGCGCAAGGAAAUCAAGUUUUCCGACUACAGAAAAGUUCCUAUUUUGGUCAUUGAUGGAGAAGAAAAACUGCAAAUUAACGAUUCCUCUGUUAUCAUCAGUGUUUUGAAAACCUAUAUGGUGUCCAAAGAAAAAAAUCUCGGGCAGAUUAUUUCGUUUUUUCCGGAGAUGAGAUCGAAAAAUGAAAAAGGCAAAGAAAUUGUGGAGUAUAACAACAGACACUGGGUGAUGCUGGAUGAAGCCGAAGCUGAACUACUGUAUCCGGUGAAGAACUCCAGGAAGGAGGAAAUAAAAUGGCGGCAAUGGGCAGAUGACUGGUUGGUUCAUCUGAUCUCUCCUAACGUAUACCGCAGCCCCCAGGAAGCCCUGGCAUCUUUUGAUUACAUUGUCCAAGAGGGCAAGUUUGGAACCGUUGAAGGAUUUUGUGCUAAAUAUGUUGGUGCUGCAGCGAUGUACUUCAUUAGCAAGAGGCUGAAGAACAAGCACAACCUCCAGGAUGAUGUCAGGCAAGACCUUUACCAAGCUGUGGACAAAUGGGUUAAAGCUGUUGGAAAACACAGGCCUUUCAUGGGUGGCAGCCAGCCAAACCUUGCAGAUUUGGCCGUGUAUGGGGUGCUGCGAGUAAUGGAGGGCCUCCAGUCUUUUGAGGACAUGAUGACUCACACCAAAGUGAAAACAUGGUACCAUCAGAUGGAAGAUGUCAUUAGGCGCCAAGAAGGCAGGAUUUGACUUGGUCGAAACUCUAGGAGCCUUCUGAAAGAGAAAUGCUUGGAGAUAAACUCUAUAGAGAGUUUAUUUU